AUGGCACCUUAUGCUCAUCUGGCGGUUUAUAAAGUAUGUUUUGGUCCAGAUUGCCCAGAGAGUGACAUAUUAGCUGGGCUUGAUGUUGCGGUAGCUGAUGGAGUUGAUGUGAUAUCAAUUUCUAUUGGAGAAGAAAACAUGCCUUUUUUUCAAGACAACAUUGCAAUAGCCUCAUUUGCAGCUAUCCAAAAAGGAAUCUUUGUGAGUUGUGCAAUAGGGAACUCAGGUCCGUUCAAUGCACAUUUGAGCUUUAAAGUUUCUUCUAUUUCCAGAGAAUUAUCUGAUGAUUUGGGGCAACCUGCAAACUGUAUCUCACUAUUAAAUGAUGGUAAAUGUGUAUUAGCCAGUUAUCUGGAUUCUAGUCUGCGCCUUUUGGACAAUGAAUUACUACAAGAAUAUCAAGGGUGUUUAGCAAGAUAUUCAAUCACUCCAUUUUUCAGUGAUAAUCAGACAAUUGAUAUCACAAAUCUACUAAAAGGUGAGGAAGUAGUAGCUUCUUCUGGUCCUCUUCUUGAAGUUUCACUUCAGAAAGCAACCAUAUGUUGUACAACUAUGCAUUGUGGAGCAGGACUUGCAGCAAUGUUGUAUAUGUCUUGUUUUCUUGAGUUUGGAGUGAGUUCAUUGCUGGAAUCAGUGACAUCCAACUUUUCAUCCAUGGUGGUUCAAGUAAUAUCACAUAGCAGGGAAGGGAUUGUAUCAAAUGUUGUGUAUGCUUUACUUCGUGUUUCCGCAAUGUCAAGGGUUGCUUAUUUUAAUGUUGAAGCUAACUAUUCAGGGAAUCCUUACCCUGCAAGUUAUGACAUUAGUUCCAUGAAUAAAAUGAAUCCUGUGCAACUUGUUGCAGAAGGUUACCCUCAAUAUGGGUUUGGGCCUGGAUCUUGGGGAUCAUAUGAUAUGCAAAGGGCUCAAGAACACAGAUAG